AUGUCCUCCGCCGGCACUAUCUCAUCUCAACGCUUUGGAUCAUCCUCCUCGGCCUCAUCAGAAUCAGGACUAUCUACCGCCUCUUCCUCCGCCACCAGCUACAGACACAGCAUGGACUCCUCCGCCCCUCGACCAUCAGUUGCCUCGGUUGAGGUUCUACGCUGCAUGCGUUGUGCUCGCUCGGUCGAAGCUACCUCAACUGACGAUGUCAGCUCUACCGGCAUGGUCCGCAUCGCCCACAACCUCUACUACUGUGAGCGUUGCGCAAAGAUGGUCGGUUACAAGUAA